GCCUACCAUACGCUCUUCACGCUACUAUACAUGUUUAAGAUCAUAGAUGUAUAAGCUAUCUACCUCUGCUUUUUUUUCAUCUCCCAAGUCUAACAUUCAAAAUAGCCAGCUGAUUCCCUCAAUUCUUUCCUCUUGGGGCUAUGGCAAGAACACUUUCACGAAGUCGUCGCCCCCGGAAUGAAACGCGCGACUCUGUUGUCCGUGGAUCUGACUUGGAAAUCUACUACUGGCCGUGUGUGAAUUCCUGGGCGACUGCGAAAGGAAACCGAAUCCCAUAUUGCUGUUCUGUUAGUGGCAGGGGCAAGCAUUGCUACGACUGUCGUAUACAUCGCUCUUCUAAUUGCGAUGAGGUUCCACCGUCAAUGAUGCCAUUGGCUCGUUCGCUAGGUUACGCUUCGCUCAAUAAUGCCGCUAACCUAGGGGUGAUUCAGACUGCUUGGCGCCUUCAGGCUAAGGUGUGUCGAGAGCAUCCCGAAUACUGGCAUGACGACACAUGGACGCCUACGACUGCUCCUGAUUGCACAACCACCGCGCCCGUGACUAGUGAGUCCAUAGUCACCAAGGAUAAAAUCAGCGAAACACAAAGCACCGUGUCCGACUUAUAUCGGUAAUCAGUGCGUCUGAGAUCACUGAGCCGGAACUCACUGGGGCUAAACCUCUCUCGGCUGGCUCGGUAGCAGUUCUCCGUGACAUUAUAAAGGAGCAGACUGGUUAAAUCCGGCAUCAUGAAGACUGUGAAUCUCUUGUAGAGUAUUAAUCUACAAUCAAGAUGUGGUCUCAACCAUCUAUAUUUCGACUGUUUUAUAGCUUGCGUUGUGAUAAUCGCAGUACAUGGAUAGUGUAGAGUAGUAGUAGACUUGCCACCUCACAAACUCCGACCAGAAAAUAAAAAGACGUUACCGUAGCAUAGAGUGAGUACCACAGUUUUGGAGUCCACAACAUAUAGCGUUAGUUACAUACUUAAAGCAUGACUCUUCUGUAAUUAUAAACUACCCGCCUCGCGCCAAACUGCCUACACUGGAGAUGCGCCUCACCUACAUCUAAUUUCCAGCAUGAUAUUCGGC